AGGGGGGCGAGGCAGGGGCCACCGCCGAGGGGGAUUCUUGCCCCCACUUUGCACCGCACGCUUGUUUCCCAGCCCAGGGGCACGGGAACAAAAUCGGGCUAAAGCCGACCAGGCCGAGCCGUUGAGGAAUGCUGGGGUUUGGCGUCCGAAGGGAUGGGACCCGAGAGAAGGGUGCGAAGGAGACCCCAGCAGGGGCAGGACAUUGCAGGUAAAGAAGGGAAAGAAGAAGCCGAGAAGUCAAGGGCCAGGCUGUGAAGGAGAAUGAAGGAGGUCAAAGAGAGGUCAUAUCUUCGCACCUCACUUCCUGACACAAACAAGUUUUUACUGUUGUCAGCAACAAAGCCCUAAUAUAGCUGCGGAAGAGAAAAACUGCAUUGCAUUUAGCCUCCUGCAAGCAUCAUCAACAGUUACCGGAGGAAUGUAAUUCCAGAAAGCUUUAAAGCUGGUGGUGAUGCCUCGGCCACCACCGCACCUGUGUCCGGAGCCUCCAUCGCUCCUCGUGACGAUCAAAGGGAAAUUCUAGAAAUAUGCUCUACAGAUAUACACGCGCAUCAUUUUCCUCCUCGCGUCUCGCUCUAGAAGCAGGAAAGAGAAAGGGAUUCAGGCGGCGGCGUGCGUUCCGCUCCAAGGGAGAAAAAUCAAGACGUAACACCCCACUCCUCCCGUUUUACACACUGAUUCAUCUCGAAGCUAGGCUGAAGGGUGAGUGGGGAUGUUUAAGGGUGAGGGUGAGCUUCGUCAUGUGGAAAACUAGGCAUCUGACAGCUCGUGGCCACCCCCCCUCCGGCCCCGGGCGGAAUGCGGGCUGGGUGGUCCGACAGGGGUGGCGUCCCACGGGGUGGGAGCCGGCGCCGGGUCCCGAAGUGCAGGAGGGUCCGCAGUCCUUGUCGCCGGGGACCGCCUGGCUGGGAGGCGGCGGCCACGUGAGGGUGGUCUGCGGAAGCGCUGGAGCCGAGAUGGGGGUGAAGUGCGUAGCACAGUCGUGCCGGGGGCGGACACGAAACACCCGUGGGCGGUGGGCCGCGGAGGAGCGGAGACGCGCGAGGACCCGACCCCGGAGCCGUGGCGACGGUUUUAUUCCGAGCGGCGACCGGAGCCGGGCGCCUUCCCCGCUGGGCCGGCGUCCCGGGCGCGGGCGGGUGCGCACUUCACGGCUCCCUCCCGGGAGACAGUUUCCGGGCGGGGUCCCUGGCCCCGAGCGAGGGCUGUAAACAGGGUGGCGCCCUCUGCCCUCCCGCCCAUGGCCUGCCGGGGCGCGCGGCCGGCGGCGCCCGGAGCGGCAGAGGCGCGGCCGCGGCG